AUGAAUGGUGAGAGUGGAGGGGUGACAGGGAAUGACAUCACUCAGAUUCAGUCUAAGAUCCUGGGUGUCAAAUCAACCAAUGAUCAGACCAACAUCACCCCUGACAUCUGGGCUGAGCUGAAGGAGCUGAGAGACAUGGCCAUCGAACACAGUGUGGAGCUGAGGAACAGCAAGAGCAAGAUGGAGAAGCUGGAGCAGGAGAAUACAGCCAUACAGGCCAGACUGACAGCCAGUGAAUACAAGAAUGCAGUUUUGGAAAAUGUGGUCAAAGAGCUCCAGAGAGAGAACACAGAUCUUCUAGACAGAGUAACAUCAUUUGAAGAUAAGAACAAAUUGUUGGAGGCCAGAAUGAACGCCAGUGAAAACGAGGUGGAGGAGCUCAAGAUAGAGAGUGCAGAUCUUCUAGACAGAGUAACAUCAUUUGAAGAUAAGAACAAAUUGUUGGAGGCCAGAAUGAACGCCAGUGAAAACGAGGUGGAGGAGCUCAAGAUAGAGAGUGCAGAUCUUCUAGACAGAGUAACAUCAUUUGAAGAUAAGAACAAAGUGUUGGAAGCCAGAAUGACUGCCAGUGAAAACGAGGCGCAGGAGCUCAAGAUACAGAGUGCAGAUAUGAUGGCCAGAUUGAAAAUCAGUGAAAACGAGGUGGAGGAGCUCAAGAGAUACAAUGCAGACCAACCAAAGGUGGCGUUCUCACUUGGUCUCAGUGACAGCGGACUAAUUGGACCCUUCAAUACUGACAUCACACUUAAGUUCAGUAAAGUCUUCACCAACCUUGGUCAGGCCUACAGUCCAACUACAGGUCUCUUCACAGCCCCAGUCAGAGGAGCCUACUACUUCUCAUUCACUACACUGGAUAUCCGGAGUAACGUAUGGAGGGAUGUUCUUCUCUAUCACAAUGACAAGAGAGUAUGUAAAUGA